AUAAUUAAAGCUUAGGCAGACAUAGGUGACACACUCGCCUGGUUCCACAGCCUGCAUGUGUAGCUAACAACAUUGCUGUUCCACUGACAGGAGGGACACAGGGCCCAGAAACCACUUUCUUUGUUCUCAGAGACUGGUUUUUCACCAGAAUUUCGUUUCUAGUCAUGGAUUUUCUGGAUUCUGGCUAAAUAUGACAGAUUUCUUUCUGUCCGUUUUCUUGAAGUCAAACUGGAUUUACCAAAUUUAAAGGACAAGGGAUUACUUGCUAUGUCUGUGAAUGCCCUGUUUAGGGGCAAGUGGGGGCACAAGUCACAGGAAACUCCAGAGAAGCAUCCAGCAGCUGUGGUCCAACCCAGCCAUGAGGACGAGGAUGAUGAGGAUGACUCCAAUGUUGGUUUCAACAGAGAUCCUAUCCGCAGGAACUCACGCUUUUACCGAUCAAUGAGAAAGAAGAGGCUGGUCUCAUCUGAGCAGUCUGAAUAUUCACCCAAGACUGGUUUGGACCCCAGUCCGACUAACAGAGCAGGACUCCUCUCCCCAAAUACUCCUUUACCCCCCAAAUCACCUUUUUUGCCCGGGGCUAGACGGUCUCUAAGCAAUGGAGCUCGCUCCCAGACAAUCUGUCACAGCCUCAGCAUUGUCAAAAACAUUGCAUUCCUGUACCAGGAAUAUCGGGACACUUCGAAGCAGCAGGAGAUCGAGCAACGGCGGCAGCGUGAGAACCUUUGUCCAAGGGUCACACCAGAGACUGUAUUAGCAGGCUCUGGUGUCACGUCUCCUCCAGUGUUACAGCUGCAGCUGAGGAACAGUUCUCGGUCACUGAGCUUGUGGCAGAACCUGGAAGCUGUGCAGGCCAGUGGCCUACUCAGGCAGUUACCGCAGAAAGAAAUCAUAAUGCAAGAGGCCACAUUUGAGCUCAUUACCUCAGAAGCAUCAUACUACAAAAGUUUGGAAAUUUUGGAGACUCACUUCCUACGUGACCCUGUUUUAAUCAACACUCUAAGCCAAUCCGAUGUGCAUUUUCUGUUCUCCAACAUCGAGGAAGUCAUGAAAGCCAGUGAAAGGUUCCUGAUGGAUCUUGAGCACCGAAUUGAGAAGUCUAUUUUGAUCCCUGAUGUGUGUGGCAUUGUUUACCACCACGCUGUGGAACACUUCAGUGUCUUCAUCAAAUACGUCAUUAACCAGGUGUACCAGGAGAAGAACUACAGACGCAUUUUAGAGGGAAACCAGGCAUUUCGGGAAGCCAUGGCUGCACUGGAGAACCAUCCACGUGUCAGGGGCCUGUCCUUUACCUCGUUCCUAAUCCUUCCUUUCCAGAGGAUCACAAGGCUCAAGUUGCUAGUACAAAACAUCCUGAAAAAAGCAGACGAAAACUCAGAGAGGGAAGCAAAUGCUAUAAAAGCACAUGGAGCACUGGAGCAGAUUGUGAAAGAGUGUAAUGAGGGGGUGCGAAAAAUGAGUCGCACUGAGGAGCUAAUAAGCAUUGAGAAAACACUGGAGUUCAAAUCCAAGUCUGUGCCCAUCAUUUCCCACUCCCGCUGGUUGCUAAAGAAGGGUGAAGUUCAGCUGAUGGCUGGACCGAAGAGUACUAGGACCAUGCGGAGUCGUAAGCUCUGCCAACCAGUGUACUUGUUCCUUUUUAACAAUCUGCUGCUGGUCACUAAGCGGAGCUCAAGUGGGGAGAAGUUCCAGGUUCUUGACUCAUGCACACGGGCCAUGUUGAGGACUGAAGAUCUUGAAGACCAGGGCCAGCUACUGGCCAAUGUCUUUAAUCUUAAACUGCUUGAGAACCAAGAGGAGCGUCAAGUCAGCUACAUGCUCAAGACUUGCAGUAUGAGUGAUAAGCUUCGAUGGAUGUGUGCUCUUACUCCUAAACGACGUACACGCUUUAUGUCUACUAGUGCCCACCAACCAGACUCUCCACAGGUGCAGUGUAUUCAGUCGUACUCUUCUCAGGAGCCAGAUGAACUAUCCAUUGAGAUGGCUGAUGUUUUGAACCUCCUAGAGAGAACUGACGAUGGCUGGAUGAUGGGUGAAAGGCUCCAUGAUGGCGAAAGCGGCUGGUUCCCUAGUCGAGUAGUAGAAGAGAUCCAGAGCAAGGAGGUCCGAGCUCAGAAUCUGAGAGAGGCCAUUAGGAUUCUGCAAGCCCAUGAAGGUGGAGGAGGCCCACCAACUGGAACCAGGAGUGGUGUAAGGGUGGGGAGACGCACCCCACGGGCCUCCAACUUCUCCAACCCUUGAAUUGAUCAAAUGAGGGAGAGCAGUAGAGUAAAUCAGUGAACCAGUAACAAUGAUGAAUGUCUUCAUUAACAGUGAUGAAUGUGCACUAAUAGAACUAAUCAGGAUACAUGUGACUUAAAUCCCAUACAAUGGCAUUUUGUCCUUUUGAUUUUCACUUUUAGAAAUCCAAAUGAUCAACGUAUUUGAGUCAAUAACCUUGUACAAGCAAUGCUGCAUGUCUCAUUUAAACGUCUACUGAAAGU